AACAAGCAGCAUCACCAUCAUCAUCAGGCCUGCCGACCACCGUCGUGUCGCGUCUGACUUUCUAUUCAGAACUCCAUUGACCAGCCGCUCAUUUUAAGAGGCGUCAUGAUGUUUGUCUUACCGUGUGCACGCGGACAGACGGGCCGCCUUCCGAACGUUAGGAGCCGCGGUCGCCGCUGAUGUUCCGGGGAACGUCGGGAGGGCUUCCGCAAUUUUCGGUUGGGAGUUUUAAACCGUGUUUUGUUUUCGCUAAUGUGCGAACGGUGCAGAAGCUCGGGCCGUCCGGCUCAGUAACGCAUUGCGCAUGCGCGCAGCCUCUGCUCCGGGACACAACAGGGUGAGCUAGCCGAGAUGUUUUAUCAACUACCGCGAGAACAUUCAGGAGUCUCAUACUGCAUCUCUUUAUCCUAUGUAUCAGUAAAUAUGGUGAAUAAACACGAAUGAGGAUAAGCGGCAUAGAAGAUGGAUGGAUAGAUAUGCUGCUGACUAAACAGAAAUGGAGACUCGUGAAGAUAAAAACUAAUAAGAUGACAAAGUACUACAGCACAGAAUGAAGAAUUAGAAAAUAUGAAGAAAAACUAAUGACUUUAAACACUUGUGACGUUGCUUGUGUUGCCAUGACAACAUCGGUGGUUGCAAGGUGACAGGAAGUGGUCUCAUCAGCAGCUGACAUCUACAUACAAACAGGAAAUGAGUGGAAUAAUUUCCACAUGUUCGUCACAUAAAUAACCCACAAUGCACUGCAACGCACAGAUGACUCUCUGCUGACGAGUCCAGCCAUACACAUCUGGACCUCAUCAGCAAACUACUCGAGUCCCGACAAGUCGUCUUCGUCUGGUUUCGACCUGCUGCACCACCUGAUAGAAGAAGAACAAGAAGAAGAAGGAGGAGGAGGUCCAGCUCUUCUGCUGCUGAAUGUGUUCAAGUGAAAGACUAUUUGGGGGACCUAGAGAAGAAGAAGACUAGUUGGUGCUGACGAAACAAGAUGAAAUUGUUCUGUACUCUGGUCUUCAUUGUGCUGCUGUCUGUCUUCAGCCUGGCGUCGUCUCCUCGUCCCACUGAGGAAUGUUCUGGCAUGUCCAUGCGUCUUCGGGCCUUCCGGCUAAAAGUGUUGUGCAACGUGACAACUCUAAAGGAGAAACAGCUGAAGGAUAUCCAGGCACCGACCACCAUCUUGUACUUGCCAGUUCUGUACCUGGUGGCCUUGGUGGUGGGCCUUCCGUCCAACCUGCUGGCUCUUUGGAUCCUGAUGUUCAGAACCAAGCGGCUUCCUUCCACCACGCUGCUCACCAACCUGACAGCCAUUGACUGCCUGCUGCUGCUGGCACUGCCCUUCCGGAUCAUGUACCACUACCGCGGGAACCACUGGGAGCUGGGUGAGCCAUUUUGCCGUGUCAUCAUGGCGAUGUUUUACGGGAAUAUGUACGGGUCGGUUUUGUGUCUGGCGCUUGUGGCUCUGGACCGCUACAUCGCUUUGGUUCACCCGUAUGGCGCCAAGAGUCUGCGUAGUCGGCGGACGGCGGCGUACAUGACGGCGGCCGUGUGGGUGGUGAUGCUGGCGGCCAUGUUGCCACUGCUGACAUCACAACAGACAUACACAGUGGACCAGCUAUACAUCACCACCUGCCACGACGUUCUGCCCCAGGACGAGCAGGAGAACUUCUUCCUGCCAUACUUCAGCACUUUGUUCACCCUCUGCUUCCUGCUGCCCUUCCUUGUCAUCCUCUUCUGCCAUUGCAGUAUCCUGCGCACCCUGCUGGCCGAGGGCAAGCGCUACGCCCACGCCAUCUGGGUGACGUUGCUGGUGCUGCUGGUCUUCAUCGUCUGUCUGCUGCCUAGCAAUGUCCUGCUCCUACUCACCUACACCGACAGCUCGCUGGAUGGGGACGGCGGGGACCUCUACAUGCCUUACAUGCUUAGCUUAGCUGUUAGCACCUUCAGCAGCUGCAUCAAUCCCUUCAUCUUCUACUACGUGUCAGCUGACUUCAGGGACAAGGCCAAGAGUGCUCUUUGUUGCCGUGGUAACUCUCGCCCACCAACCGAUCUGGAGAACAAAGUGUCAUGCUCCUUGUCGUCAUCGAGCCCAAGAUCAAAAGUCACACUGCUGUCCAUCUCCAGCCUGCAUUCAGCGCAACACACCCACAAACGAGGUGUAGGAUCGCAUGUGACUAGGAGCACAACCGCACAAGAUGGCAUCCCCCAGGGAUACGUCCUCUCCCCACAUGAAUGUUGACGCUGCAGCCCAAAGCGGACCGCAACACGAUCAAAACCGACUGAAAUGAUGGAUGAGGGACAAAACAACAAGACCUGCAGAGGUCUUCCCAGCAGAGGUCUCAGCAGCUGCUGGUCCAGUUCUACGCAGUCCAGUGUGGUUCUGUGCAGCCACAGGAGAUGACACAAGCAUGGAAGAUUUUUACUCGGCCACAAACCGCCUGGACAGACAGAACCUCCACCAGCUCUGCCAGACAAUACAGAACAUGAGGGGAAAAGACACUGUGCUCCAAAUGAUAUUUUUCUGUGAUUUUUCUAAAUAGUCAACAUAAAUUACAGUCGUCAUACUUUUCAAGUCAUCAACCUUUAGAGUACAAUUUGAAUGUUAUUGAACAAACCUCCCAAUGAUAACAGUAUUUUUUUCCUAA